CCUUCCUCUUUCCUUUUUCACUAACGUGCAAGAGACCUGCAAACACAAAAAGGUUUCUUACUGUCACAACCCGCACACAACUUCCUGUUUGACAGUCCACACGGGCGCGCACGUGAGCCCCACCACGCAUCCGAGAUGAGAUGUGUCAGAGAACUCUGCAUCGAUGGAUCGAUCGACCGCUGUUUAAUGGAGGCAGCAGUAACGUCUGUGAGCAGCCGCUGCGCCGCUCAUAAAUAAACCCCCCCCCCCCCCCCCCCCACUUGUGCUCCUCCGCCUCUUCCUGCCAUUAAGCACCAGAUCCUAAUCCGCCAUUAAUGCCCUUAACUCCAAGCUCGAUAUCAGAGGAGGAAGAAGAGGCGUAGGAGUAGUACGGCUCCGCCGCCUCCCUCCCCUGCCAUUAUAAGCUCACGCGCGGCGCUCGCCCGGGCGGCUCUGCCACCUGUGACCUUGCUGUUGCUGUCACCGGAGAGGCGGAGGGGAUGCUCACGUGCAUCGCGUGCUCGAAGCAGCCCGGCGGCGGCGGCGGGGAGCCGCUGCACGAGCCGCCGGAGGACGAGGACGCCGUCGAUGGCGGCGGCGGCGGCGGCGGGGCGACGCCCAGCACGCGGCUGGCCAUCAAGGCGCUCACUGCGCAGAUCAAGGACAUUGCGUUGAAGGCGUCGGGCGCGUACCGGCACUGCAAGCCCUGCGCCGGCUCGUCGUCGGCGGCGGGGGCCUCGCGCCGGCACCACCCGUACCACCACCGCGGCGGCGGCGGCGGCUUCGGCGACCCCGACGCGGCCUCGGGCUCCGACCGGUUCCACUACGCGUACCGCCGCGCCACGAGCUCGGCGGCCUCGACGCCGCGCUUCCGCGGCGGCGGCGGCGGCGGCGCGCUGUCGAGCGGGGACGCUACGCCGUCCAUGAGCGCCCGCUCCGACUUCCCCAUCGGCGACGAGGAGGAUGAGGAGGAAGACGACGACGACGAGAUGGUGUCAACCGGCGGCGGCGGCGGCGGCAAGGAGGAGGACGCGAAGGAGUGGGUGGCGCAGGUGGAGCCCGGCGUGCUGAUAACCUUCGUCUCGCUGCCACAGGGCGGCAACGACCUCAAACGCAUCCGGUUCAGCCGUGAGAUGUUCAACAAGUGGCAAGCACAAAGAUGGUGGGCUGAAAAUUAUGACAAAGUUAUGGAGCUUUACAAUGUACAGAGAUUUAACCAUCAAGCUGUUCCUCUUCCUGCUACUCCAAAAUCUGAAGACGAGAGCUCAAAGGAGGACAGCCCGGUGACACCACCACUGGGGAAGGAACGGUUACCUCGUUCGUUCCAUAGACCAUUGUCAGGUGGUGGUGCAGUGGGUUCAUCUUCAUCAGAUUCUCUUGAGCAUCAUUCAAACCACUACUGUAAUGGUGGCCACCACCACCAUGGACACCAGUGCUAUGAUUCAGUGGGGCUGGUCUCAACACCGAAGCUGUCAAGUAUAAGUGGAGCCAAGACAGAAACCUCGUCAAUGGACGCAUCAAUGAGGACGAGCUCAUCUCCUGAAGAGGUCGACAGAUCUGGUGAGCUCUCGGUGUCCAUCAGCAAUGCAAGUGACCAAGAGCGGGAGUGGGUCGAGGAAGACGAGCCUGGUGUAUAUAUUACCAUCCGGGCUUUGCCUGGUGGUAUCAGAGAACUCCGGCGUGUUCGAUUCAGCCGAGAGAGGUUCAGCGAGAUGCAUGCCAGGCUAUGGUGGGAAGAAAACCGAGCGAGGAUACAUGAACAGUAUCUCUGAGAUGAAAAAAAGAACUUGUCCUCGCGACACACACAAGUGGUUCUUCAACGAACAAUGAAUCCAGAGUUGUACAUUUGGCACUAACAGUACGCCCUUUGCGGGCAGCAGCAGCCGUCUCAGUUGAUACUGAUUGUGCAUGCAUGUGAGCUUAAUUUUAAAGCUUUGUUACUACUAACCUUAGGCUCUUGUUGUGGCAAAUUCACAUGUUCUUUUUCAUGGUUUUGGCUUUUGCUUUGGACAGGAAGCUUUUGUUGAGGAACUCAAGACUAUCGUAGAGUGAUUAGCCUAGAAAAAUAAUAAUUAGAAAUUCCAUAUUCCCUGAACCUGUAGUUUGCAAAA